UGAAAGCGCGAUCUCAUGGAGGCGUGGGUGAAGAAGACGACCAAGAAUGAGCGCUACGUCGACACGAGCACGGUUGAGACCGACCUCGGACUUGGCAGCGUCGACUCGAUGAGGCUGAUGCGGUCCAUCGUCUCGUCUGCCCUCGAGCAGGACGCUGUGGUCCGGGCGCUCCGGAUGGUACAUGUUGACGACGACCUCCGCAACGUGCGGACGACGCUUUGGUUGCACGCUCCGUUCGACCUCGAGGACGACGUCAUUAUCGUGCUCAAGAAGAAGGGGAAGAACUCACGACCCCUCACGGUGACAGCGCUCGGCAUGGCGGCGAUACAUGCGAGCGGCCGCGCUCUGCUCGUUUCGACGCACAACAUUCGAUUUGCUCAGGGAGCCCCUCGCGGGCACCGGAGCCCACCGGCCACUAACGACGUUGAAGUGGGCGCUGCUCAAGUCGAAGUUCUGCUCCGAGCUGUCGUGAAGAGCGGUUGCACUCCUCAGUUUCGGACAGGCGUGAUCGCCAAGAUGAAGACGCCGCCAGAGACAAAGAAGAGCCGUCACAAGAAAAACAAGGGUGGCAGCCCAAAUCUUGUCGCGCGAUCCACGCUUGCCGCGUCUGCCGGUCACCACGAGGCCGCGCAACAAAAGAAGACGGCCGAGAAGGACAAGGCAGCCAAAGACAAGACGAGCAUCAUCACGCCGCCAGCCGUCGCUCCGAGUCCAUCGCCACUUACUGCGUAGCAACAAGAGCUCAGCGCGAUCCGCGACGCCACGGCGAAAUACCAUUAAUUAGAUCUAUCUGUCGUGGGCACAUGCCCUAGUUAAUUUACCCGAUUUAUU